AUGACGACAGCCCAUCGACCUACGUUUGACCCCGCACGUGGCAAAGAGGCACUCCGAGGGCCGGCCUAUCACCAGCGCCUCCUCCCCGCCCAUACGCAGCUCAAGUUUCGCAAGGCCGGCCAGGGCGGCGACGCCGACGAUGAACCCGAGCGCGACCUCGCCGCCGAGCUCCUCGCCGCCGAGGCUGCGUACUAUGCCAAGAAGAAUGGUGGUGUUCCCCCGCCCGUCGCCGACGACCAGGAUGCCCAUGCCGAGUCUGCCGCGGAUGCGAAGCGGACGCUACCGCCUGGCGCGUACGGCGAUGACGAAGAAGACCUAUCGGCGAAGCGGCGGAGGAUCCUGGAGGAGACGAGGGAGAUGGAUGCCGACGACAGCAGCGACGAGGAAGAGGACAGCGACGACGACAGCGACGACGACGACGACGACGCAGAGCUGCAGCGUGAACUGGAGCGCGUUCGCCGCGAGCGCGAGGAAAAGAGGAAGCGGGAGGAGGAAGAACGGGCCAAGGAGGACGAGGAGGCACGCGAAAAGCACAUCGCCUACGGCAACCCCCUCCUCAACAAGCAAGAUUUCACCAUGAAACGCCGCUGGGACGACGACGUCGUCUUCAAGAACCAGGCCCGCGGCACCGAAGACAGGGGCAAGAAGAAGGAAUUCGUCAACGUCGGUUGCCUCCGCUUCCCUUGUCCCCCAAGCCAUUCUCUCAUCAUGGCGCUGACCGUUGCCGGCAGGAUCUUCUUCGCUCCGACUUUCACCGAAAAUUCAUGA